AUGCACUUGCAAAUUCAAACUUUGUCAUUGAAUGAUGAUAGUGGAUCUCUACCUGCAGCAAGUAUAGUGCCAAGUAAUCAGCAGGUAUGUGAUAGCAUUCUAUUGCUGUGGAGGGAAGAGCCUGCAAGUGAAGACUAUAAUUUAGAAGAAUUGUUAAAAGUGGUCAAGGAGAGGCACAGUGAGUGGAAAUUAUCAGUAGAGUCACUAAGAAAGCUUUUACAGAGCCAUAGCUUAUAUGCUACCGAUGAGAAGAGUUUACAAAUCUAUAGUGAUAAAGUGCGAAUGCCAGAAAUGGCUGAAGGGGAGGUCAAAUUACCUCGAAGCGUUAGGAUAGGAGCCUGUUCUGGAGAUAAGCAAAGAGGCCUUUUUGCUACUAAUGCUUUAAAAGCUGGUGAUAUGAUUUUUGAGGACUUACCACUGGUAGUAGUACCGCCCAUGGAUAAAUUGGUUCUUAUGCAAUCUGGGAAAGCAUGUCCAUUGUGUGGAUCUUCGGUCAGUCAUAGUCAACAUACGAUUAUCAUGAAUGGCCUUGAUUGUGGUGAAUGCGGUGCCGUUUGGUGUAGUAAGAACUGUAAGAAGAAUGAUUUGACCCAUACAAGUUUAAGGCACACAAGGAGUAGAUGUAGGCAGAUAAAUUUAAAUGGCUGGAAAAAAUACGAAAGUUUUUGUAAACAAUACGUAUUCGUGGCAGCCUACUCAAUUGGUAUUAUCUAUGCCUCUAUGAUUCUCGACAAGAAUGGCAAAAAUGGGGUCCAUCCCAAAUUUCAAUUAUUGGCAGAUGUUUCACAACGUAUAAGGAAGGAUUCGAGUGAUUCAACAAAUUUAGGUGGUACUUUAGAUGCCUCUAGUGGUGCGUUCACCUCAGAUGAUCCUGAACCCAUGUGGACUCAAGCCUUAGAUUUGUUUAAAGAGGCCUUCCCCGAAUUAGAUGAUAUGGACAUGGAAGCUUAUUUGAACUGCAUUGGUAAGUUCAAUAUAAACCAGGUAUCAGGUCAAAUCUUUCCAGUUUAUUCGUUCAUUAACCACGAUUGUGAGCCAAACGUUCGUUACGAGAUUGAUGAUAAAUUGAGGUUAAAGCUUUACGCGAGGAAACAUAUUAAGAAGGGUGAAGAACUAUUGACCACGUACGUAAAUCCUCUUCAUGGUGUCAAAUUGAGAAGAAGAGAGUUACGAGUUAAUUGGGGGUUUUUAUGCCAUUGUGAUCGUUGUAAUCGAGAAUUGACAAAGAGAAAAGAAAAAUUGACUUCACCCACACCGUCUGCUCACCAUUCACCUGCAAACAGUUUUAGUGAUAAAAAUCGUAGAAAAUCUUCCAUGAGAAAUGCAAGACCUGAUUUACACGAACUUUUAAAAAAUGGUCAAGAAUUUGAUUUAGAAAUUCCAGAUAAUCUGGAAACACAUCAUAGAAAAACAUCUGUUAGAUUCGAUAAUAAUGUUUCAGUUGCGGUAGAUGAAUAA